ACAGACCUGGCCAGUCUGAGAAACAUGGCAGAGAACCAGAAGUUGCAGGCGGUGCUAAGUGUUGGAACUUAUGUCUGGAUCGGCCUCUUCAGGGACCCCUGGAAGUGGUCUGAUGGAAGUUCCCCCUCAUUCAGCUUCUGGAAGGCCGGGCAACCUGAUAACAAGAACCCGAACCAGACCUGCGUGGUUGCAGACUUCAGCCAAUCAGGAGCCUGGGAGGAUUGGCCAUGUGACGUGGAGAGAGCGUUCAUUUGCUACGGUCCAGUGGUUCGUGUUACAAAGAAAGUGAUGAGAGUGAAGUUUAAGAAGAAGGGGAACGUGGAUCUGAAUGACCCUGCUGUGCUGGCGGCCAUGUUGGAGCAGCUCCAACAGAAGCUGAGGGCCCAGGGGCUGGACCCCAACAUCAAGCUGAGCUGGAGGAAGCAGGCCAAUGGACACGUCUUCCACAAGGAAGACCAGAAGACCACCAAGAGGAGGAGGAAGAGGGACGAGCUGUAAUGUGUCUUUCUUUCCUCUAAGAUGUGACGGAGAAGAUCAGAGCUGCAACUAUCAGCUGAUUCAGAGUCAGUUCUGGAUUUCCUUUUUCAACCUGGACCCUAUUUGGGUAAAUAAGGUCCAGGUUGAAAACUACUGAAGUUACACUUUUGAUAAGUCAAAACUAUUUUUUUAAUUAAUUCAUCUUUUUACAGCUUCUUAAACAUGAAGAUUAGAUGCUUUUCUUGUUAUAUUUGAUCAUAUCUUAAUAUAUUAUAUGGAGAUUAGAUGCUUUUCUU